AACAACAAUAACUACAUGAACAUGGCUGAGGCCAACAGUGCUUUCUUUGCAGCCAGUGAGACAUUCCAUACGCCAAGCCUCGGGGAUGAGGAGUUUGAAAUCCCCCCUAUCACGCCUCCUCCAGAAUCAGACCCUGCCCUGGGCAUGCCCGAUGUUCUUCUACCCUUUCAAGGCCUCAGCGAUCCGUUGCCUUCCCAGGGAAGUGAAUUCACACCCCAGUUUCCCCCUCAAAGCCUGGAUCUUCCUUCCAUAACAAUCUCAAGAAAUCUCGUGGAACAAGAUGGCGUGCUUCAUAGCAGUGGGUUGCAUAUGGACCAGAGCCACACGCAAGUGCCCCAGUACCGUCAGGAUCACUCCUUGAUCAUGAGGUCCAUUGUCCACAUGACUGAUGCUGCUCGCUCUGGGAUCAUGCCUCCCACUCAGCUCACCACCAUCAACCAGUCUCAGCUCAGCGCCCAGUUGGGGUUAAACUUGGGAGGCGCCAAUAUGCCUCACACGUCUCCUUCACCUCCAGCAAGCAAAUCAGCGACACCCUCCCCUUCCAGCUCCAUCAAUGAAGAGGAUGCUGAUGAAUCCAACAGAGCCAUUGGAGAGAAAAGAGCUGCUCCAGAUUCUGGCAAGAAGCCCAAGACUCCAAAGAAAAAGAAAAAGAAAGAUCCCAAUGAGCCCCAGAAGCCAGUGUCAGCAUAUGCCCUGUUUUUCAGAGACACACAGGCCGCAAUUAAAGGUCAAAACCCCAAUGCAACCUUUGGAGAGGUCUCGAAAAUCGUUGCAUCUAUGUGGGACAGCCUUGGAGAAGAACAAAAGCAGGUUUAUAAAAGGAAAACGGAAGCUGCCAAAAAAGAAUACCUGAAGGCCUUGGCUGCGUACAGGGCCAGCCUCGUUUCUAAGGCUGCUGCCGAAUCCGCAGAAGCCCAGACCAUUCGCUCCGUUCAGCAGACCCUGGCGUCCACCAAUCUGACAUCCUCGCUCCUUCUCAACCCUCCGCUGUCGCAGCACGGGACCGUAUCAGCCUCACCUCAGACUCUCCAGCAGUCGCUCCCCAGGUCCAUCGCUCCCAAACCCCUAACCAUGAGACUCCCCAUGAACCAGAUCGUCACGUCGGUCACCAUCGCCGCCAACAUGCCCUCGAACAUUGGGGCCCCGCUGAUAAGCUCCAUGGGGACGACCCUGGUGGGCUCGGCGUCCUCUGCCCAGGGGAGCCCUUCCGUGCAAACCCAGCAGCAGCACCUGCAGAGGCAGCAGCAGCAGCUCCAGCAGCACCAAAUGCAGCAGCAGCUCCAGCAGCAGAUGCAGCAGCAGCAUUUCCAGCACCACCUGCAGCAGCACCUGCAGCAGCAGCAGCAGCACCUGCAGCAGCAGCUCAGCCAGCAGCAGCUGCAGCAGCAGCUCCAGCAGCAGCUCCAGCUGCAGCAGCUGCAGCAGCACAUGCAGCACCCGCCUCAGCCCUCUCCUCGGCAGCCCUCCCCGGUCACCUCCCAGAUGACGUCCCCCAUCCCCGCCAUCGGGAGCCCGCAGCCAGCCUCUCAGCAGCACCAGUCACAGAUACAGUCUCAGCCACAGACUCCGGUGUUGUCCCAGGUCAGUAUUUUCUGA